GGGUGUCCUUUUGCAUCUUGCUCUAGAAUUUUCAUGCUCAAUAUAAUCUGUGGAUUUUUUUAGAAGCUUCACAAAAGGUUAAAUAAAUCAAUACCACCAAAAUCGGAUGGCCAAUAAUCUCCCACAUGGCAAAUGCCCUCAAAUAAAUCCAAACAAUUAUGAAUUUAUUUUAGGCCUUACCAACCAUUGACCUAAGCAAUCGAGUGAGCCAGUUGUUUCUCAAAAUUUUCGACUCCCAUGGCGAUUGAGGCAUGGUUUAUGCAAGAAAAUGAUGAUGAUCAAAGGCUCCCGCAUCAAAAGGACCCGCCCGAAUACGUUUCGUCGGGUCAGUUGGCGGAUCUUGGAGUUCUCUACUGGAAUUUGGAUCCGGAUCGGUAUGAGAAUGACCCGGAACUGAACAAGAUCAGGCAAGAGAGGGGAUAUAGUUAUAUGGAUAUGCUUGAUUUGUGUCCCGAGAAGGUGGAGAACUACGAGGAGAAGCUCAAGAAUUUUUACACAGAGCACAUACAUGGUGAUGAGGAGAUACGUUAUUGUCUGAAAGGGAGUGGCUACUUUGAUGUGAGGGAUAAGGAUGACCGUUGGAUUCGCAUCUUGAUCAAGCCUGGUGAUCUCAUUGUUUUACCUGCUGGGAUUUACCAUCGUUUUACUCUUGAUACUUCAAACUAUAUUAAGUUGAUGAGAUUGUUUGUGGGAGAGCCCGUGUGGACGCCGUUCAAUAGACCGCAGGGGAAUCAUCCCGCGAGGAAGGGAUAUGUUAAGUCCAUGCUUGGAAUGCCGCUUGAAGCUUAUUGAGUGACGAUCUCAUCGAGAAGGCCUAGUUCAAGCGAUAAAGUUGAGACAUCGAUCACUCUAUCUUCUAAAAUGUCAUUAGUUCAACUGUUCAAGUCUCAUCAGCGACAUGUGAAUUGUAUUUUGCUUGAAUAUUAAGUUUUAUUUGUAUUUAUUUGGAUAUUUGGUCUUAUCCCAUGAAAUCAUGAAAUCUUAUUAUUAA